UGGGAGGGAGCAGACACACACACACACUCCUUCCCCUUCAGAGCUGCCUAAGACAAAUAUAAGUCACCUAGCUUGUGGUCCAACAGCGAGCUAACAUGCUCUCGAUCACCGGCGCUAAUCUAUUCAAGAACAGCCGUGUCGUCGUUCAGCGCGUGAGGUUGCUACAGCUACAUACGUCUCCUGCCGCAAGUAUGCCCAUUCAGGUUGGUGAACAUCUCCCUGCAGUAGAGGUCCAGGAGGGGGAGCCAGGGAACAAGGUGGCGAUGGAUCAGCUCUUUAAGGGGAAGAAAGGAGUCCUCUUUGCUGUACCUGGGGCAUUUACACCUGGUUGUUCCAAGACUCACCUCCCAGGUUUUGUGCAACAGGCUGCAGACUUGAAGAGUAAAGGUUUACAAGAAGUUGCAUGUCUUUCUGUCAAUGACGCAUUUGUCAUGGCUGCUUGGGGAAAGGAACAUGGAGCAGAAGGCAAGGUUCGAAUGCUGGCUGAUCCUACUGGAGAAUUUACAAAGGCAGUCGACCUGUUACUUGACAGUGAUCAGAUUGUGCAGGUCCUUGGAAACAAGCGAUCCAAAAGAUAUGCUAUGUUAGUGGAAGAUGGAGUUGUGAAGAAGAUCAAUGUGGAGCCUGAUGGCACCGGCCUGACCUGCAGCCUGGCUUCCAACAUUCUGUCUGAGCUGUAGAUUUAUUUAGAGCUCAUUAAACCAAACCGCAGAGCUUGAGUUUACUGUUAAAGUUGCACUUACAAAACCCAGUGUCAUGUGGAAGCUAGUGUGAGGAAAGCAUAGCCAGAUUGCAAUGAAUGCGCACAAUUAUGACUUGACUGGCAGUCUAAUGGACCUUGCAUCAACUUCUGUAGUCUGUUACAUAUGAGUGAAUAAAAAUGACCCUGAGCAAUAAUCAAUAA